AUGGCUUCCAGAUCAGAGGAAGAUCUCUGCUGUCCGGUCUGUCAGGAGGUCUUUACAGAUCCUGUUCUUCUGUCAUGUAGCCACAGCUUCUGUAAAGACUGUCUGAAAAGAUGGUGGAGGGAGAGAGUAAAACAUGAAUGUCCAGUGUGUAAGAGGAGAUCUUCAAGGGAAGAACCAACAUUAAAUCUGGCUUUAAAGAAUCUGUGUGAGUUGUUCUUACAGGAGAGAGAUCAGAAAGCUUCAGAGGCUCUCUGCAGUCUGCACUCUGAGAAACUCAAACUCUUCUGUCUGGACCAUCAGCAGCCAGUGUGUGUCGUCUGCAGAGACUCAGAAAAACACACCAACCACAGAUUCAGACCCAUCGAUGAAGCUGCACAACAACACAAGAAAGAACUUCAGGAAACUGUGGAGCCCUUAAAGGAGAAGUUAAAGAUUUGUGAAGAAGUUCAAGUGAAGUUUGGUCAAACAGCAGAACACAUUAAGGUCCAGGCCCGACACACAGAGAGGCAGAUUAAGGAGCAUUUUAAGAAGCUUCACCAGUUUCUAGCAGAUGAAGAGGAGGCCAGGCUGGCUGCACUGAGGGAGGAAAUAGAGCAGAAGAGUGGGAUGAUGAAGGAGAAGAUGGAGGCUCUGAGCAGAGAGAUAGCAGCUCUUUCAGACACAGUCAGAGCCACAGAGGAGGAGCUGAGAGCUGAGGACAUCUCAUUUCUACACAACUACAAGGCUGCAGUGGAAAGAGUCCAGCACUGUUCACUGCUGGAUCAUCCACAGCUGCCCUCAGGAGCUCUGAUAGACCAGGCCAAACACCUGGGCAACCUGACCUUCAACAUCUGGAACAACAUGAAGGACAUGGUCUCCUACACUCCUCUCAUUCUGGACCCAAACACUGCUCAUCCACAACUCACCCUGUCUGAAGAUCUGACCAGUGUGAGAGGAGGAGAAAGGCAGAAUCUUCCUGAUAAUCCAGAGAGGUUUGAUUUUUUGUGGUCUGUCCUGGGCUCUGAGGGCUUUACCUCAGGGACUCACAGCUGGGAUGUCGAGGUUGGAGACAAUACGUACUGGGGACUGGGUGUGUUAGCAGAGUCUGAUGAGAGGAAAGGAACCACACUGUCUGGAUUAUGGAGAAUAAGAUUCAAUUCCGGUGAAUACUCAGCACUGUCACCAUCAGCUCCACCCACUGUUCUCUCAGAACAGAAGAUGUUUCAGAGGAUCAGAGUGAAUCUGGACUGGAACAAAGGGAAGCUGUCGUUCUCUGAUCCUGAUACUAACACACACAUACACACCUUCACACACACUUUUACUCAUAAGAUGUUUCCUUAUAUUGGCACUCUGGAUGAAAAAUUGAAGGUGUUGCCUUUGAAAGUGUCAGUGGAGCAGAUAAGUUCAGGAUGA